AUGUUUAUCGGAGCAGCAACGAACGACAACACCAUGGUCGCUGAGCGCUCAAACCCGUCCACCUCGUCGGAAUCCAACACGACCGACACGCCUCCCUCCACCUCGCCCCCUUCCAGAUCGCUGAGCACUCUCGCCUCAUCACGCGGCCCAACGAGGUGCAGUAUCGACGAGCUGCUACGGGGCCAAGAAGUCGGGUCCAUGCGCACGAGCAUCGACGGUACCCUCGACCACCUCGUCUUACACGCGCACACAGGCGUGGGGUAUCUUGUUUGCGAUCGCCGCGCUCCAGAGGACGAGAUCGAGCUCGUCCUCCCAAACCCUGAGCAGCGGCGUGGUCUGCAACACCCGACGUCGAGUGAACGAUCGACCGCACCCGCGCCCCGCCUUGCAUCUGGCGUACUGCAGAUCCCUGCAACGCUUGCUCUCCCCCGGCAGCUCGUGCAGAAUCUGGCCCGUCACCUCCAGCCACGCACGCUCCUCGUCCCAGCAUCCCUUGCCGUGGAGUAUAUCAACGCUUUCCGGCCGCACACGGCGGUAGUGACCGCGUCUGCAGGGGUGAAUCAGCUACGCAUCCCCAGGAUACACACUGUCGAGCUCCAUGCACCCCUUGCUGUCCGCUCACAAUGUGGGCGCCAGCCGGCGCAGGUGUUCGAGCUCGUCAUAGAUGCUGUUGAUGUGUCGGCCUGUCUUGCCCAAGACGGCGAUUGUGCCACCUGCGUCAGCCACGCACCGCACUACGGGCGGGCCACGGCCGACGAAGAGCCGUGUCCCCAGAUUCGACUCUGGGCAUACAUUGAGAGCCUUAUUCCCCAACUACGGGCGGGCCUGAUUGUUGUGGUUGGGCUGGAAAGGUGGGGCCACGUGGACUGCGCCGAGCGAAACUGGGUCGACAUGCGGGCGAGAUAUCGCGACAAGUGGGACGUGCCUAGCGUCAUCGUGCGGACCGCCGACGAACAUCGCCGGUACCGAGAGGACCAGACGUGGUGGGAGUCGAUGGGGCUGGCGUGUUAG